GUAUAUGUAUUUCCGGUAACAAUAUUGUCAAAUAGUGUACAAGGUGGCAUAAAACAAUAAUUUUCAGCUUCUGAGGAUUUAAUUUUUGUUUGCCAUGGUUAAUUGAAUAAACAGUCAUGAAUAUAGGAACAGCAACAAGUGAAGAAAAUCCAACACAUGUGUACUUUGGUACUCGUGGGUUCUGGAUAACAUACACUAUAAUUGUGUUGUUCUGUCAUUUCUUAUUACUGAGUAUGCCAUUCUUCUCAACAGCUUUGGCAUGGACAGUCACAUGUGUAUUUCACAGUGCGUUUACUUAUAUAAUGUUGCAUAACACAAAAGGAACCCCAUUUGGCACCCCAGAACAGGGGAAGGCAAGAACACAGACAACAUGGGAACAGAUUGAUUGUGGACAACAGUUUACACCAACGAGAAAAUUUUUGACUAUUGUGCCUAUAGUUUUAUUUUUUCUGGCAAGUUUCUAUACCAAGUAUGACACAGUACAUUUUAUCUUCAAUCUUGGAGCCCUUGGAUUAGGAGUUAUACCAAAACUCCCACAGUUACAUGGUGUGAGAAUAUUCGGAAUUAACAAGUGGUAAACAUCCAAUCAGAAUGCUUAACAACAAGUGGUGGACAUUUCAAUUGAGCAAGACAUGCUUCUGAUGUUUGCUUUUAUCUAUUUGUAAAACAAGUUCUGAAUGUUUAUUUGAUAGUGCUUUGGUCGCCUUUAGAAAUGUUAAACUUUAAGACCUUUUAAAUUAAUUGAUCUUUGUAUUUGUAUAGAUCAUACUUGGUAUUUUAUGAAUGUAAGUUUAUAGGAAUGGUUGUUUUUGUAUGAAAAUGUGAUGUUGAAAAUUAUGGAUGCUUCGAAGACAAGAAUGAUAUUUUGUUGUAUAAUGUAGCAGAAAUACAUUGUAAAGGGCAAAAAGCUUUAGGGAUUUGUGAAGUAUUUUCCAUUUGUGAUAAUCUUUUCUUCAAUUUCUUUGGAUGAUAUUAGAGUAAUGGUAUUUAUUUAUAAGGAAAUGUCAGGUAAGAUCUCUAGCUUCAUAUCAGAUAAAUGCAUUGUUACAGGUAAAAUGUAUGUGACCGAAUCGUGUUCUUGAUUGGUUAAUUUAGUACUACUAAUUUUGUCAGUCAUGAAUUGUGUAUUGUUAUAUUUAUAGAAAUGAUUUAGAUGUAGGUGCUUUGAUGUAAAUAUUUAAUAUUUAUAGGUAUUUUUAGUACUGAACCUUACAAGGCAAAGACAAUUUUAAUGGACUAUUUCUCAUGCACUUAACAGUGAUCUAGCUAGGAAUAAGGGGUAGAGGGGCACAGUUUGGAAAUGGCCAUGUUAGUUGGGUUUGCUGUCUGAAUAGGGGCAACUUGAUCACAUUUAUAGAUAAAAUAUUGGGAUAAUUAAAUAAAAUUUAUGUAAUUUUUUUUCUUAAUAUAUAGUAUUAUGUGGUAGUUAAAUGAUAUUUUUUGCAUUGAACAUAUUUUUUUUCUAUUCAGAAAACAAUAAUUCUUAAGGCAGCACUAUAAGGGCAGAGCGAACUGUGCCCCUCAAUUUGGGCUAGCUAGGACACUGCU